AUGAACCAUUUGCUAUCUACGCAUGUCGCCUGCUGGAAGCAAUUGGAUCUCUCUCCUUACGACAGCACCAUUGGUACCAACAGCCUCUUGACCUUUCUCAGAAACGCCAAUAUCCCUCUCUAUACUACUCAUAAGAGCUCUGACUCUAUUACUGCUGCAAUUACAGCGCUGGAUCUAAGCGGCUGCUGGAACAUAUCAGAAGAGUUGGUUGUUGCAUUGUCACGCUCACUGACGCACCUCACUCAUUUGUCGCUCAACGGGUACCGGCUGAAUACGCCCAUCUUACAGCGUAUCCUCAGGCAGAGAAAGCUGCAGCAGAACGUAUCUCCUGCAAUUGCAUUUGAACAACAACGUGAUCAUGUAUAUCAGGUACGCCCAUCGCAUGACUUGAGCUCCAUGGCCAUGGAUCUCUCUAAAAAGCAGACGCAUCGACUCAAAGUACCACUCGUACUGCUGACUAGCAUAGUAUCCAGUCUGCCUCAUCUCACAUCACUAUCUAUUCAAUAUCAAGACCUUGGAGGGCGGCACUCAUUUCCAGAAUUCAGACAUAUUCGCCAUUUGGAUAUAUCAUCAUGCAUUAUUAGUCAACCGGCAUUGCAGACGUUGCUUCGAGUUGUGGGCCCCAAUCUUGUGAGCCUGAAGAUGCUUAAUAUCGAUCUGAAUAAUCUCUCCUGGCUUUCUGUCAGUCAAUACGGCAAGAAGCUAGAGUGUCUGCACGUGUCUUGCAAUGAACCGUUGCUGCUGCCUAGCAUUCGCCAUGUGGUUGGUCAUUUACCCCUCUUGAAGGACUUUCGACUGACUCGUAUUCGCACCGGCUCCCUUGACCCUGUCAUUGAGAGGCUGAAUCCUGACAACCUAACCCGGUUAGAUUUAUCGCCAAAAAUGAACAUAUACCCUAGAUCAACAGCCAGUAGUAAUCUGAAUCCUAGCAGAAGGUCUUCCAGAGUGCAGUUAUCGCUGGAUUCAGCAGCAACCACGUCGCCAACCAUUUUGGCUGUAGCAUCCAAUGGCAGACAUAACAAGCACCCACCUCAGUCACACAAGUUCUCGUUAUCCAUAUCCAAUUACGCUACAACAGAGCAUGAUCUCUUGCUUUCUGAUGCAUCGCUUGAACGCCUCUCUCACUGCCGUCAGUUGGUAGAGCUAAGACUGUGCUUUCCUACCAUCACGGCGCCCUGCUUGCACGAGACUUUGAAACAGUUGUCCCAGUUACAGAUACUGGAACUUCGUCAAAAGAACGAUAAAUCGACCGUUGACUUUCUCACAGGUUUGAAAUACUGCCAGCAUUUGAAGGAGCUGCUAUUAUUCUCGGUGCAUGUGAGCCAAAAUGCCGUCAACACUAUGAUCUCUGAUGAGUAUCUAUUGAAGUCUACUUGCAAGCAUAUUACUAUUAGUGAUGGAGGAGCUAUCAUCGAAGAUAAAUCCAAUGUUGAUGCGCUUUUAUCAGCCAUGAAUGCGCUGCAAAUUCUGUGUCUUGGGCAACUUAUUCGGCCCAUUACCUGGUUUACAAAUGACAAAAGCAUAAACGACAAGCAAAAUGUUCUCUUCUUCAAGCAAAACAAAGUGUGGCACGCUCAAUAG